ACUCACCGAUCCUUUCUAUCCACUGUCGCACCUCCCACUUCAUCAAACAUCAUUCCUUCCAUAUGACUCUUUCACAAUCUCUUCUUCCCUUAUAAAGCAAGCUCUCAACAUGUAGGCCAUUAUUGACUCACCUUUUCUAAAUAUCUUGUAAAAUUAUUUAUUGUAUUUGUAUUGCAUUGUUUAUUGUAUUUGUAUUGCAUUGUAUUGUAAUAUUUGUUAGCGGAUAAUGACACUUGAUAAGAAGCAAUUUGCAUUUAAUUGAAUUGAACACUACUCACGAUUUAUUUAGCCUAGGCAAACCAUCAAUCUACUGAAAUGGGGUUUUCUCAUAUGAUUAAAAUUAGAAUUUGCAUAAGCCUAUCUACCCGGUAAGCAAAGAAACGUUCGUCAUUGCGCAACCAGAGCCGCACAUACUGGUAUCCUCAUCAUACUGUACUAAAUAAAACACGAUUAAGUUCAACUUAAAAACACAUAUACUUGAUUUAAGGCCUAAGUAUCGUAACAUAAGUGAAGCUUAGAACCACGAAUCAGAGUCCAACAGAAGGGUUGUACGUCGAGAUGAAUUCACACAUGUUAAGUUAUCUACAUGGUUUCCUCUCAUACACUCGUAGUUAUAAUUUGCGUGUGCUUGCUGGCGAUGAGCAGAUUGGAACAGCAUAUAAACAAGCAAAACUGAGAGGGAGACUUCCUUUUAAUAGAUCAAAAAUUUUAAUUUUAGGAGAUCACGGUGUGGGAAAGACAUCAACAUGUAGACGCUUACAAGGAAAAGAUUUUAGAGAUGACGAGGCUAGCACGGUAGGAAUUGAAACAAAUACUGUUAAAGCAAAUGAACCAUGGUGGGCAGUAUCGCAUGUGGAAAAAACAAAUAAAAUCAAAACUUCCAAAACGAACAACAGAUAUUGGAGAAUAAUUGUUGAAGAUGUAUUUUUCCCGGUUUUAAUAUGUAUUCCAAUAAUGAUACUUUUUAAAUUUUUAGUCUUUGGAUUUGGUUUUAUUGUAUGGGUAUAUAUUAUUAGCUUAAUGUCUAUAGUUGACAUUCACUCUGCAUACCGUUUUGGGUGCGGAUUUGCUUUCCCGAUUGUGAUCAUUGAUGGAGCAUAUAUGGAAUUAACGUAUUUUGACCACCAAUUACGAGAUAUGGAAACAGAUGUACUAAUUAAUAUUGUUAAGACAGUUAUAUUGUACGGAGCAUUUAGUAUUGUAACUGGUUUCAUGGCAGUUGCUGGUGGGCGGACUGGUGUCUGCGUAGCACUAUGUUUUAUGGUUCACCCACUUCAAAAAGAUUGUUCGUAUACAAAGAUCAUGGAAACUGUACACACGUCUUAUUUAGAAUUCAUACUUUCGAUGUUAGUACCCGGUUUGUCUGUUCUUGUUUUUAAAAAUGUUCACGUUAAAUUCUUGCAAUUAAGGUGGAUAAACUAUGUAUUUAUUACCGUAUUUCUUAUCAUAAAGUUUGUUAUUGUAAGUAUUUACAUUGGAUGGUAUUCCUUGCAAUUACUCAAGUGUUUUAUUAUCGUAGUGGUUGUCGGAUUGACAUUGACUGGCUGUAUGCUUGCAAUGAAAUGUACUGCGUAUGGGUACGUAACUCAAAGCUACAUCAUCAAAAAAACAAUUGGUUUUAUUUUCGGUCUAUGCAUGGCAAAAUUGGUAAAAUGGGAAUUUAGAGACUUCACCGUUCUAUAUUUAGACGAACAUCAACAGACAUCGAUCCAGAUUCAUUUGUUUCCGGUUUUGGUAUAUAUCGUCCCAUUAAUAUCCUUUAUUGUGUAUGAAUGUUUAGCAUACAUUAAAGUCAGGAAUACAUUGGAUGUACCCCUAUCGCAUAUUUGCCAAUCUUUGAAAGCACAGUUUCGUAAUGAAUCCUAUUUAGAUGCUAGACUCAGUUUAUGGGACUUUGCAGGACAAAAGAUAUACUAUAACACACACCACCUCUUUAUGCCGAAGCAAGGUGUGUACUUGAUUCUUUUUAACGCCGCUGAAGCUGUUAGAAAUCCUGAAAAACAAAUCAAACGCUUAAAGUUUUGGCUGCAAUCAGUUGCUAUGCAUGCAGAAGUCGGAAAUGUUGUGGUUUUACUUGUAGGAACACGACGGGAAAGUGUUCGUGACAUGAAUUCUCUGUUAGAUUUCUCAAGACUGGCAAAGGUACAUCUCUACAAACGUUUCUCUAAGUUUAUUGCGUUUCAUCCAUCUGGAAAUAUGUUGUUUUACGUCGAAAACGCGCUAAACAAGGACGAAGAAAUCAAAACGUUACGAAAAGUAAUCCACAACGAAAUUACAAAUAUGAAGUAUUUUCAUGAAAAGUUUUCAGUAAAAUAUCUUUUGUUCAACGAAAUAUUGAAUAAGUUUCGCCUAAAGAAAUCUAUUAUAACGAGCUUGGAUACCAUUUCAGAGGAAGCAAAAACGGCAUGUGGUAUAAUGCCACAGAAUGAGUUGCGCCAAUUCCUGAACUUUUUUGACAAAUCUGGUGAUGUUAUAUAUAAAGAGCAUGAUAAGGUACUCCAAAAUUACGUAAUUUGUGACCCUCAGAUGCUUGUUAGCAUUUUGAUACACUUAGUUAAUGUACCUGCACUUCAUAAGAGAAAUCGAAAAGUAGCCGAUUAUUGGCAGAGAUUGGAAGACACAGGAAUCGUUGACAGCAGGUUGAUCGAGGAUAUCUGUCGGGAAGAGGGGAUCUGGACAAUGUAUCCUUAUGUUAUUCGUUUCUUAGUAGGAACACACCUACUGUUUCCGCUUAAUGUUGCUGAUGAAAUCGAUCAGGUUGGCAUAUUUUGUCUUUCGUGUCGACUGCCAAAGGUCACUCUGAUGUCAACUUUGUGGAACUACAAUGACCAAUCGCAAGAUAUCUUUUAUUUUGACUUUGGGGAAAUUCUACCAGAGUGUAUGUUUUUGCGCCUUAUUGCUAAGUGCUGUGAACGUUUUACUUGGGAGAAGAUCUAUUACGAUGCAGCAAGAUUCAGGACCAGUAAAUCAUGUCUAUUAUUCAUCAGCGCAAAUGUAGUAUCUGAGAAUAAUUCAUAUGAGAGAAAUCUGAUCAAAGUUGCAGUACAUAAUGACGACCAAACCCAGGUCACCUAUGUUCUAAACAAAUUGAUAUCCUUUACUGCAGAGAUAAUAAAUCGUGAUUUCAACUCUGACCACAGGGAACAGUAUACAUGUGGACCUAAAUGCGAGAGGUGUAGUUCCGUAGAAGGGAAAAUGUGUUUGGUGAAUCUUAUAACGCCUUGCAAUGAUGUCACUACAUUGGAUGGCUAUAGACCAGACCUCUAUCACAUGGUUUCACUUGAGCCGAAGCUCAGUUUCUCCUGUAGUCAUUGAUUGUCGAGAGUGUCCCAGCUGAUGAUUUGUGCUGAUGAUUUAUGGCCGUUAAAUACUACAACAAAGUCCAUUAAUUUAUUCAUCAAAAACAAAAUCUAACACGGAAUUUAUUCAAUGUAAUUCACUCGAAAUGCAAUAUCUUUUCGCUUUUUGUAUGAUCCAUUCAACAGUCACCCUCAUGUUUCUUGAAAACACGUCAGAUCUCUUUUCAUGUUAGGCCUAUCUAUGACUACUUUUAAUGCUGUAAAUUAUAACUAUAGACUAUGUAUGUUUUAAUUUGACUGUAUAUAGGCCUAGUCAGAUCCUUGUAGAAACACGUACACGUAAAAUAUUUUUUUUAUUCAUUCUUUAUUCAAUAAAUAUAAUAGAAUGGAACAUACAUCCGAGGUCACCGCUUGUAGGACCAAGCAUAUCCAGGGCGCAACAAUGCAAACAACAAAAGUUGCAGAAACAUUUAAAAUCAGUCAGUAAACCAGUGGCGUAGUCAGAAUAUUUUUGUAGGGGGGAGAGCAGUGUGGGUCCGUGAUAUUAUGUG